CCUGUGCCUGUCAAGCAACGGCCAAAAGUUGACGGAAAACGAAAAAUAAAUCAGUCAUCAGUCUCUGUCAAGUGCGUUAUGUAUAAUCAAAUAUGUGAAUGUGAACGGAAUACCAUGAUUUAUUGUGUAUGUUAUUAAAGGGCGUACAACAUUUACAUCCUCAAGUGGGCUGCAAUAGAGAAAUCUGAUGAUAACCCAAAAUGCCAUUCAAACUAAAAUUGAAAAAGUCUCGACACUAUAGUGUUGUUUCCAAAUCUUUGUUUGUUAUCUCAGUAGAGAUAUUGGAUGGAACUUCAGUAGAAUGUACCUUGUCUUCAGAGAGUACUGGGCAGGAUUGCCUAGAUGUAGUCUGUCAAAAACUGAGCCUCAACCAACCAAAGUUCUUUGGGCUGCAGUAUGUCAGUAGACAUGGUGAGAACAACCUUAGUUGGUUAGAGUUAGACAGGCCUAUAAAGAGACAACUAGAUAAAUAUGCCAGAGGACUAUAUGUACACCUUAGGGUGAUGUACUAUGUAAUCUCUGGAGUUAAGCUGUUGAAUGAUGAAGUUACCAGAUAUCAUUACUUUCUUCAACUGAAACAAGACGUGAUAGAAGGUAGAAUAUCAUGCACCCCACAACAAGCUGUUGAACUAGCUGGUUACUCAAUGCAAGCUGAGUUUGGAAACUUUGAUGCUGAACGUCAUACUGCUCAUUAUCUGAAAGAUUUCCAAUUAUUUCCUAGGAGUAUCACGGAUCCUGCCCUUCUUGCCCAUCUAACAGAAGCUGCAAGCAGAAGGCAUGCAGCCUUACAAGGUUUGCCCCACGGCACUGCCGAAGAGUGUUACAUCUGCGCCUGCCAGAGGUUAGGCGGUUAUGGCCAGGAGACGUUUGCAGUCAAGGAAAUGGGCACCGGCGCAGAUGCGGUUCUGGGCAUAUGCCUCACUGGUGUUUAUGUCAGUGCACGUGUAGAGAGCAGACAUUUUGGGUGGUCAGAUAUCAGCAAUGUGAUAAACCAUAAAAAGGACUUCACCAUUGAAACGGUGGGCGGGAAUGAGAAGGUAGAAUUUCAGUUUAGCGACAUUGAAAGCGCCAAAAACGCGUGGAGGUUCUGCGUUUUACAACACGUGUUCUAUCGGCAAUACGAAAUGGAUAAUGGAGGAGAGCAGGGUGAUAAAAACAAUCAACAGUUACCUUUAUUUCAACAGAAUGAGGAGAGGCUUCGGCAAAUGGACAGCUACGAGGACGUCACCGCCGCUGGCGCAAAUACAGGAGGAUGGGACAGACAGGUCUCUUCCUCUCUACAAACACUAGGCGGCGCUAAUCGAGCGCAGUCAACGUCUUGUUUAGACCUGAAUAGACCUACACCUCCUGCUACGGCGGAUAUUGAGAUGCUCAGAAGUUUGCUGCCUUCCUAUAGACCUGCGCCAGACUACGAGACGGCCAUUCAACAAAAGUAUAGAAAUUCGUCAGUAGGUGCCAUGUCCACAAGAGAACCAUUACGUGCCACUCAACCUUACUUGUACAGUUCUCAACCAGAAAUUCACCAAACUGAGGCUGCGUAUGCAACCCAUCUGCAUUACCCAGACGUAACACAUAAUAACAUUGAACAGAAAAAUCUGUUAUAUAGAGGUAGCGGAUUUGGACAGACUCAGGUGGUGGCUGGAGAGAACAGGUAUCUGGACAGUAUAGGUAUUCUACACGUAAAGCAUCCUCCGCCUUAUCCAUCCAACAGAAUAGGAUCAAAUUCCACUCCUGAUCUAGCUGGAAUGUCACAACAUAUCAAGCCACACGGAGGAUUUAUCAAUAGCAUAGUGAGCGGUUCUUCCCCGGACUUAGUUUCUUCUGGCGGUGCUUACCAUUUACUUCGUUCAUAUAAUACAGCAGUUCGCCAGGGAGGUCCUAUUGCGCAUCCUGUACACCGAUCACAUAGCUUCCUGCCCACUGUUCAACAACAGCAUGGUACCUACGAAAACUUGGCACAGCUAGUGACACCUGCAGCAUAUGUAGAUAGCACAAGGCACAUAAGAAAAGUAUUUGAUGACAGAGGAAACGUAAUGUAUUGUGUGCAACCGCAUGGAAUGACGCAAAUUACUGGAACUCCUGCAGGUUACAUGAUGGCCCGCAACCAGCCUUUAGUUUCACCCCACGAAAACUCUGCAGAGCCGAUUUACGAGAAUGUCCCGUUACCCCUGCACUUCGACGAAGGUAGCGAAAUGAGAGCACGAACUCAGAGCGUGAACUCCGCUCCUGAAAUCGGGGGUCAUCAGGCGGUGAAUAGGACGGUGGUAGAUGCUGUUCAGCUGCAGAUGGAGAAGUUGGAUAUUGCCAAUAAUGCUAGACCGAACAGCAAAGAAAACCUAUACGCCAACAUCGAUCAUACCGCCGCCACCCCGACAGUGCUAAACGUCCACUCUUCAAGAACAGAGCUGAACCACAACUACCAACACAAUCACCAAAACCCCCAUCACCAAAGCCCUCCAAAUAUUUCAACUCCAAUACCUCCCCCACUAACCGAUUCAAACUCGAACUUGACUCGAUCCUCCCAGAAUCUCGACACAUCUAUUAUCACUCCGCUUCCUGGAGACAUAUCAGCGAUAGAAACGAACUCCAUAUUGAAUGUAACGAACUCGACCAGUGUAGGCUCGUCGUACCUCGAACGAAAUACUGGUUUUAGUGAAACUUCGAGGGAAAGUUGCAUGGAUGCUAGUUCUGCUUCCAAUGCCAGCUCAAACAAAUCUAAGAAGAAGCGGUGGGGGAUUUUGGUUGGAAGGAGCAAGUCUGGAGAAAAGAUCAAAAGUGCGACGUUAGGAAGAGAGAAAAAGAAAGAAGAUAAGAACCAGGCAAAUAACAAAUAUCGAUGGUCUACAGGUCUGCCAAGGUUCAACCCACUGCCUCCAUCUAUUAGUAAAGAAACUAUGUGCCAAUUAUUAGAAAACAAGCUUGCCGAUAAUCAGUUAUACUUCGAAUUUGACAAAAUACCAAAAAAGAAGCCGAACGCUGACUUUAAAACUGCCUUACAUACGGACAAUGCGAUCUUCAAUAGGUUCAAAGAGAUUCUGCCAUAUGAGGACAAUAGACUGAGGCUAACACCAAGCAAGAGCAACAAGUUUGGAUAUAUCAACGCAUCUCACAUCACUGCAACGGUUGGAAGUAAACAAAGGUUCUACAUCGCGGCCCAGGGUCCUACAAAACAGACUCUACCAUAUUUUUGGCAGUGCGUUUGGGAAGCAGAAGUUUAUAUGAUGAUACAACUCACAGACCCCACAGAAGAUAUUAUGUAUCUUCCUGAUGCUGAUGAAAGGUGUAUUGAUAUCGAUAGCGAUUACCAAAUCUGGUGGGAGUUCUCACAAAAGACUGGGCACUGUGUCACUAGUAAAAUACGACUGUGCCACGUAUCUUCAAGAAGAUAUAGAACCAUCUGGCAUCUGCACUAUACUGAUUGGACUGACCAGGGAUGUCCGCAGUCCCCUGCACAUUUCCUGGGGUUCUUGGAGGAAACACAAUCGGUACACCAGCACAGUUUAGGGGAAAUACCGCCUGGUCAUAAUAAGAACCCACCCAUUCUGGUUCACUGUACAGCUGGAGUAGGAAGGACAGGUUUGGCGAUAUUGUGCGACUUGCUGCUGUAUACGGUUGAUCACAAUCAGGAGGUAUGCAUACCAAGGGUAGUUGACCUACUUCGACAGCAGAGGGCGUACAUGAUCCAAACGAUAGCUCAGUAUAGGUUUGUAUACGUCCUUCUCAUCCAUUAUCUCAAACAAACAAGGCUGAUCUAGUACUGUUCAUUAUCACUGUCCAAGUUUUGUUGCCAUUACUGUAUCUCUUUUACUAUAACCAAGCGUGAAAAUAUAGUUACAAAUAGAGUUACUAUGAUAGAACGCCCAUUAUUGAGAGUAUAGAUGGAGGUUGUUUGAUAUGAAAUUAUUUUGUAAGAAUUACUGUUUUCUUAUUUAAUAUAUAAUAUUAGCGAUGAAUUAUACGGAGAUAUAUUUCCAUAGUUCGAUGCAAUUAAAUACAAACUACCAUUUGUUUCUAAAUCUUGCCUCAAGGAUUUCAAAAUGUAUGUAGGAAGUGAUAAAAUAUAAAUUUCGUUAACUGUAAAAAAAAAUUGCCAGUGAAUGUUACGUAUAUAUUAAAUACCCCAAACUCGUCUGUCAUGAAUUUAGACUUAGUGAAACAAAACCAUGACAUAUUUUUGUCACUUGUCGAUGAGUGUCCUUAGAACAAGUAAAAUACUGAAAAGCUGGGCGUUCUAUUUUAUACUUAUUACUUAUUAAUAUUGUCAGUAUUUUGCAAUGCAAUAAAAUGUACUUAAUUAGUUAUAAGAUAAAACCAGUAACUAAAAAAAUAAACAGUGUAUUUUGGUAGUGUGCUUUAAAUACCAUUGAAGUCUGAUCUAAAUUUUAAUAAUGUAAUAGAAUAAGAUUUUCGUGGAAGUGCCAUGUCAACGUCACAGUUCUUACAAAUAUUUAUCGGAAAAACAUAUAUUCCAAAUAAUUGUUAGAAUUCUCCUUUUCACCUUUUCUAUUAAGCCCAGAUCCCAUAAUAACACUAUCUACUUUGAUAAACCAGUUUAUAUAGAUAUAUUUAAUGAGGAGCAGGUUAAACUUGGCCUGGUCUGCCGCCAAUACGUUUAAUUCCAGCCAAAUGUUGUUUGGUAUAAGGUUUGCUGACAUUUCAACCAAAUAACGGUGGGGUGUGUGCAAUAAUGCCAGCACUAAGUUGGCCACAAUACGUCUUGUAAUGCGUAAAAGGUGGUUAUAAGACGAAAAUAAAACUACCUGACCCAAGACGUCACUGUAGUAACGUGACCAACACUUGUUUUUUAUAUCCAAUGUCUUUAAUAUUGAACUUUGGCAUAAACUGCAUUUGACCUAGAGAUGAGGUGAAAUGGGAUCUGGGACUACACAAACAUAGAUAUUAGGAAUUUACAGUUGCCACUUGGAACUCGGAGAUGGCGUGAGAAUACUUGCUGUGUUCUUUUGUUCUCAUUUUACUGAUCAAGUUAAUCCCAUGAAUCCUUCGUGUUAAAAUAACUUCCCCUGCUAAGUUGAGAAAGCGAUGAUGAUUUCGAAAUAAUACAGAAAUUAUUGUAGUCUACAACUACGUCCGAGUGAUUGAAAUUCGUUUCACUUCCACAAAUUCUGGAUAGAUUUUAUUUUUUAAUAGCAUGAUCCUGUUUUUGCUAAUUUUAAUUAAUGUGAAUGUUUUUAAAAUGUUAUUUUGUUAACUAUUAUGUAAAAGGCUGUGUAAAUAACAUUUUAUGAUCUUUUUAAAUUGUAAUUAAUGUGAUUUUUAAAUCAGUGCCUUAUUUAUGUACUAUUAAAUAUGUUUUAAACUGUAAUCAUGUAUUAAAUAAAAAUCUAUACCAUGUUA